AUGGCGAAUUACCUUCGCCGGGUCCUGCAGCGUGGGGCCGCACGUGAAACUGAGACGGCAAGUUCCAUCACGACCGGGGUCAGCAAUACCAACGAUUCAAAGACGUUGGAUACCACUUCUACCGAACAACAAACAUCGACUCCGGUUGAUGGCAGUGCUGAUCAUGGCGACGACAAGCGCAUUGGGGCAGACGACAAUGCCUCGGCCGACUCACCAGCUCAUGGCACCUUGAACGAGAAGAAGGACGACACAACCAUCGUAGUCGAUUCCACCGAUCGCCAAAACAGCACUGUCGCAUCAACAGACGAGAAAAAUGCCACUACUACCAGCGAAGACCCAGACGACGAAUCCAAAUACGUGACAGGCACACCUCUCAUCCUCCUCGUCAUUGGCCUCCUACUCGCAACCUUCGUCGUAGCCCUCGACAACACCAUAAUCGCAACCGCCAUCCCCCGCAUAACCACAAUCUUCGACUCCCUCAACGACGUAGGCUGGUAUGGCAGCUCCUACCUCCUCACUACAACCUCCUUGCAACCCUCUUUCGGCAAAAUCUACACAUACUUCAAUGUGAAAUGGACGUAUUUGAUUGCGUUGCUCAUUUUUGAGCUCGGGAGUAUUUUGUGUGCGGCGGCGACGAGCAGUACCAUGUUGAUUGUGGGAAGAGCUGUGGCGGGAGCUGGAGCUGCGGCGUUGUUUUCCGGGGCGAUGACGAUUAUUGGCUAUAGUGUGCCGUUGAGGAAGAGGGCGCUUUAUAUUGCGAGUUUGAGCAGUAUGUUUGGGAUCGCAUCUGUGGUGGGGCCGAUUUUGGGAGGAGCGUUUACCGAUAAGUUGAGUUGGAGGUGGUGUUUUUGGAUCAACCUCCCAUUCGGCGCCGUCAGUAUCGCUGUUGUGUUCUUCUUCUUUACUGAUCCGCCGAGAGACCAUGCGGAUAUGACGUUCAAGGAGAAGCUCAAGCAGAUCGAUCUUCUGGGGGCUUUCUUCCUGAUCUGCGCCAUUGUCUGUCUACUUUUGGCAUUGCAAUGGGGCGGCACUGUCUACCCAUGGUCAGACAGUCGAGUCUAUGGUUGCUUCAUCGGUUUCGGCCUGUUGCUUGCGAUCUUCAUCGGCUGGCAAUUUAAGCUCCAGGACCGCGCCACGAUGCCACCUCGCAUCCUCGGAAAACAGCGAACAGUCGCGGCUGUUGCAGUCUUCUCUGCCUUUCUCGCUAUGGCGUUGUACACGCACAUCUACUUCCUGCCUUUCUACUUCCAAGCCGUCAAAGGCACCAGCGCCGAGGGCUCCGGAAUCCGCUGCAUCCCCUACCUCGUCAGCAUCGUCUUCUCUUCCAUCGUCGUCGGCGCAACUAUCACCCUCAUCGGACCGUACAACCCACCAAUGCUCAUCGGCUGCGCAACCUUCGUUGUUGGCUGCGGCAUGCUCUACACUCUCAACCCUGGUUCCUCAGCUGGAGUCUGGAUCGGCUACCAAAUCCUGGCCGGAGUCGGUGCAGGCGCCUGUGUCCAGAUCCCCUUCAUCGCAGUUCAAGUCGUGCUCAACGAGAAAGACAUGCCAAUUGGCAACGCUAUCGCGAUCUUCUUCAACACUCUUGGCGGAGCAAUAAGUGUUUCUAUCGCGCAGAACAUCUUCAGCAAUACUUUGGCGCAACAACUUCCCGUUCUGGCACCGACCGUUGACCCGAGAAUGGUUAUCGCGGCUGGAGCGACGCAUAUCGAAGAUGUGGUUCCGGAGGGGAGCGUAGGCGCCGUGAGAUUGGCGUAUAAUCUUGCGGUUACAAGGGCGUUUAUCAUGCCGAUUGCUGUGGCUGGGUUGGGGUUUCUUGCGGCUCUGGCUUUUGAGUGGAAGAGUGUUAAGGGGAAGAAAUUGGCUAUGGGUGGUGCCGCAUAGUAUCAGAAAGCUCUUUUGUCUGUGAGUAACAG